CAUAAGAAAGUGACCAAUCGGAAUGGCGAUGGCUAGCUCGUCAUACGGAUGUAUGAGAUAGUCGUCAAUGGACGUCAGUAGAACGAGUGGGGCAGGGGAGGAAAAUACGAAGCAGCGAGGGUUGUCAAGAGUCAAGACUCAAGACACCUCGCCCACAAAAACCAGAUGCCAGAUGCAGAUGCGACUGGGCGGUGAACACGUGCGACGCUUUUUUGUCACGGUCGCGUGAACACGCGGUGCAAUGUUCAAAAAGUUGUCGCGAAGCGACGCUCUUGAGGACAUAUCGAAUUGGAGCACCAAUGAUGUGUUGUGCCUACUUCGAAAGAAUGGGCUGCAGGAGUGCUGUAAAGCCAUCACAAAACGGCAGGUCGAUGGCGACGAGCUGCUGCACUUGACGGAAGGGAAGCUGGCGUUGUGGAAGAGUGAUCUCACGCGUCCAUUGAUAUGGAGUCUCUGGACAUUCGUGGAGGAAGUAAAGAAGACACCUGAAAAAUUCGUAGAAGAAAAGAUACUCGAGAUUCAAUCGAACGAGGACCCCUUAAGCGACACCGGAUCCUGGGGAACCGAUUUCGAAGACGAAGCAAACGAGGAAAAUACCUUAGCAGAAACUCAGAAAGUUUCUCGAUCAAAUUAUGGAGCCAAAAGUAACAACCAUAAAGAAAAUAACGCGGACCUUAAACAAGAAGAUGUCCGAGCAAAGGAAGCAAGGUCUAGGCAAGGGGAAGAAGGAACUUACGCCAAUUGUGGUCCCAUGCAGAAUGACGAGAGCACGUAUGCAAAUUGUCAGGAGACAAGCACUGUGCCAUUAAAGAAUACGUCCAGAUUGCAUAGCCAAAUGGAAAAGUCUCUGGCCGAGCAACUUAAAGAACAAUUAGAAUUUAGAAAUACCAAAAAGCCAAUGGCGGUACCGAAGUCUGAAGCAUUGAAAGGAAAAAACGUGGAGGUCUCGGUUCUGAAUGUUACUCAACCCCGGAAAUCGUUUCUGCAUAAUGCGUCGAAAACCAGGACGAACAACUCUAAUCAGAAAAGAAUGACAGUUCCACCGCCACCACAGCCAAAAAAGAACAAAGACCAAACGAUCGUUGAAAAAUCGAGCAAAGACCAAACAAAGCCUCCUGCAACGCUUAGGAACCUCGAUCUGGUUGCGAAUUUGCCUACAAGAACGGAAGAGAGCGAAGACGAGUAUGAAGCGUUUGAUGAACAAAUAAUCGAACAAAAUCAAAAGAAGAACAUGUUGAAGGUGGACAGUAAGCAAUCGUUGAGCAGCGGUCAUCAAAGUUCCGCGGAGAGUGUUUAUCAACCACCAAGUAUUACGAGCUACGAGGAAGAAGAAGAACAUUACGAGAUUUACGAAUCGAUUACGGAAACAUCAGAUGAUAAUGGGUACUAUUUAAAUCCCAUUCAGAGGCCGAUAAAUACAAAAUCACCCCCGCCAUUACCAGCAAAACCUCCCCAGUCAUCAACUACCCCCUCUCCAACUCCAACUCCAAGUCGAACAGAUCUGGACAAACUAAAGGAGAGAUCUCCUGAGAAGAAAUCGGCCACAUUGCCUCAUUCUCAUAGCAAUACUUCUUUGUCAUCGGAAAGGGCUACGAGACCACUACCUCCACCGCCUGAGAGACAAUCAUACGUUGAUAAGCCUUGGUUCCACAAUGUUACCAGAGAACAAGCAACAAGUCUUAUCAAAGAACAAAGUACUUACAGUAAUCCUCAAGACGGAUACUUUCUCCUGAGACCGUCUACGACAAAAGUGAAUAAUCCUUUGGCUUUGGUGCUCUGGUACAAGGAUAGGGUGUAUAACGUUCCAGUCAGGAAGAGACCUGACAAUAGGUACGCAUUAGGAUCAGCAAAAGUAAAUGAGAAAUCGUUUUCGAAUGUCGAGGAAAUCGUAAUGUUUUACACGCGAGAGGAACUUGUGCUUCAUAGCGGUGGCGUGGAAAUGGGGAGCACGAAAUUAACAGAUACUCCGCCUAAAUAAGCCUUUGAAUGCUCUCACAUACCAGCUUAUGCAAUACAAACACUGCCCAAAUACGAAUUUUAAAAGGAAUUAAAGAUCAGACACGAUGGUUUUGCGUGUAUAAUAUUUAUUCAACAAGUGCCUUUUGUACUCGUCAUCCGUCGAAAAUCAACUUUGUAUAUUUUUGAUAAGAUUCGAAUGCAUUCAUAUGAACUGUGACACGCAUAUGGAGAAACGUUUGAUAUCUACAAGGAAGAAAGAAAACAAAUAGAUCUCUCGACGAUAUGAAUUGCAUAUAUUUUUAAUACUAACAUUUACAAGCAGUACUUUAAUGUUGAAUUUGCAAAUUGGCAAUGAGAUUUGAGGAGCAUCGAUGUAUGGUAGUUGUUAUUUUUGUAACAGAAAGAACAAUCACUUUGUACACAUAUCGAUAUUAUCAUUUUUGUAUACUUGCUGCUGUAGGUUUGUUUUUAUAAGAUAAUUCGAGAAAAUGAAAUUUCAGAAGUUAAGCAGUGAUAUAUAUAUAUGCUAUAGAUUUGUAAAUAAUAUCUUUUAAACAGUAGUAUUUCGAGAUACUGCCGAAAAAGUUUCGUAUCGUGUUUUGUUUGGUUUAUUAUAAUUUUAACUUAAGGAAAUAAAUCUAGAUCGAAGAAGAAGUAACUACUCUUUAUUGCUAUUGGUUGCGUAAAAAGAAACAUGUUUGAUUAUAAAAAGUGAUUAUGUAUAUAAGAAAUACUUUAAGAAUAAUGUGAUCUGUAC